UUAAGAGCGACUGGCAUAUAAAGCAUGGAAUCCCGGUGCAAUGCUUGCGCCAAUUGAGGCUUGAGAGAGAAAAGAAAGGGCGAGGGGGAGAGAGAGAGAGGAAUGGUGGAUUCUAGCGAUUCAGUGUCGGUGGAUAUUGAGGCGAUCUCUCCCAAGGCUAAGGAACAUCAUGUAAGAACGCAUCAUGGUUCCGUCUGUGUUUCGGUUUAUGGAGACCAGGACAAGCCAGCACUUAUAACGUAUCCUGAUUUGGCUUUAAAUUAUGUCUCCUGCUUUCAGGGGUUCUUGUUUUGUCCCGAAGCGUAUUCCUUGCUGCUCCACAAUUUCUGCAUAUAUCAUAUAAGUCCUCCUGGGCAUGAGUUGGGAGCUGCCGCAAUUGAUCCUACUGAUCCAGUGCUUUCAGUUGAUGACUUAGCUGAUCAGAUAGCUGAGGUUCUGAAUUUUUUUGGUCUUAGUGCAGUCAUGUGUAUGGGAGUAACUGCUGGGGCUUAUGUUCUUACCUUAUUUGCUAUGAAGUACAGACAACGUGUCCUUGGUUUGAUACUCGUUUCUCCUCUUUGUAAAGCACCAUCUUGGACAGAAUGGUUGUACAACAAGGUGAUGUCAAAGUUGCUCUACUUUUAUGGCAUGUGUGGAGUGGUAAAGGAGUUACUGCUGAAGCGGUAUUUUAGCAAGGAAAUUCGAGGGAGUGCUCCAUUACCAGAGUCAGACAUAGUUCAAGCCUGCCGAAGAUCCUUGGAUGAGAGGCAGAGUUUGAAUGUUUGGAGAUUCCUGGAAGCUAUCAAUGGGAGAUCCGAUGUAAGUGAAGGAUUGAGAAAAUUGCAGUGUCGAUCCCUAAUUUUUGUCGGUGAUAUGUCUCCAUUUUACGCUGAUGCUCUCCAUAUGACUUCAAAGUUGGACGGUCGAUUCAGUGCCUUAGUUGAGGUACAAGCAUGUGGGUCAAUGGUAACAGAGGAACAACCUCAUGCUAUGUUAAUACCAAUAGAGUACUUUCUCAUGGGAUAUGGUUUGUACAGGCCAUCCAAGCCAAGUGUCAGUCCAAGAAGUCCCUUGAGUCCAUCAUGGAUUUCUCCCGAGCUUUAUUCACCGGAGAGUAUGGGUCUGAAAUUGAAACCCAUAAAAACACGAAUUUCUGUGGAAAUCUAGAAGUAGGUGAAUGAGCUUGCCGAUUCGCUGCUCUUUCUCGUGUUUGUUGUAUGAGUUUGUAAUUCUGUGGCUGGUUAGAGAGCUGGUGUAUUAUGUGGAUGCAGAGUAUUGUAGAUAGGGGGAGUUAAGAAAUCGAAGCAAGAGACUUGGGAAGAGCUUAGUAAAAAGCAGAUAUAGCCAUUCUUUCAUUUGUAACCAUACGUUUUAGUUUACAGGUCUGAAUAGGUGGGGGUUUAAGCUUUGGAAUUAUUGUUUCUGGAUAAAUAAAAAUAUUGAAGUUCUGAUUUUACAAUUGUAAAGCAAACAUGGAGAGCACUGUAAUUCCUGUGCUAUUUUGUUGUCUUGUCACCCGCGGAUCAUAUUGAUGGAAUAUUCAGUGUCGGCACGCAAUUUCUUUA